ACAACUUAAAAUUGGAACGCGCGCUCUAUUUAGUUUUUUAUCCGCUUGCCUGGCGCUGUUAAUCAGAAUUUUCCAAUUUUUAGCGUACAAAUCUCACUGAAAUAGCAAUUUUCAGUCUAAUGUAGUGUUAAUAAUGGGGGCUAAAACACCUGAACAAGUAACCAAACAACGUACAGUGAAAUGUGACGUUUGUGGGCGAAAAUUUGUUAAUCUUCAGGCGUUGAUUUCUCAUAAGAAAUUUUUGCAUACAAAGACUGAAACACCGAGGCGGGCAGCGUUGAAAAAGCGAGAAGAUGCUAGGCUACCUAAGAAGAAGGUUAUUCCAGUGAAUAUGUUGAAAAGAGUUAAUCCUCAGACGCCGGCGAAAACACCGGUGAAAACUGUCGAUGAAAAGGCACCAAUUUUAGCGGGAAAAGACUUGAAUCAGGUGAAAAAGCCUCAUUUCGAGUGUCCUGUGUGUUUCAAGAAGUUCCCCGUGUACUUUACUGCGUUCAGACACAUCCAGAAGAACGCAUCUUGCUGCGUUGACGGAAAAGGAAAUAAAGUCCCUGCGAACUCAACAGACCUAGUAAAACCAAUCCGCGUAGAAAUCUGCAUGUCCUGUGAUGAUGAGACGCGGUCGACAGAAACACACGACUGUCCGAAGGCACCGAGUAACAUAGACCUGUACGAGUGUUUGGGAUGUAAACAGGUUUUCAAUGGACUCCAGUUGUUUCAGCACCAUGUUAAAGGAUUGCAUUCUGACGGUGCACAGAAUUAUUUCUUUCCUAGUCGUAAAGAAUUCACAUCAUGGAAGAAAAGUUUACAUGGACAAACUAAAAUCGAAUUCGCACAGCUUAACCGACAAAAAGCGAAAGAAGUAUACCAUUGUUCGCACCAACCUGCCAAAGUGACUGAGAAUACACAGCUGUGCCCAUCGAUGAUAAUAGCCCGAACAUAUAGUAAAGGGAUCCACAUAUCCUACUUAAAAGACCACUGCGGUCAUACCGUAGACAGCACACCGUUGAAACAGUACUCCGAAUACUCAAUAUCCUUAUAUCCUAGAGAAAUGGAACUGAAAGAACUGUCUGAUGACUCCGAUCUAUACGUAGAGUUCAAAAAUAUUAUAAUGUCCGUAGCACAUGAUGCUAUUAAAGCGGACAUGUCAACGUUAAAAGAAUUAAUAGGUAAAGCUCUAGAAAUGGCUUCUCUGUUAAAGCAUUUGAAGAAUAGUGAUCAUAGUGCCACUUCGGUCAAGAAAAAGUUGUCCGAUGACCAAAUUUCUAAGACUUUAGACAGUUUGCAGACACGGACAGGGAAACGCAAACAAGUUAUAGAAGUAAAAGAGACUAAAAGAGAAGUACCGAAAAGAAUAAAAAGGAACUCUACGGUUACAGAAGAUACGGUUGAAAAUAGCAUAACAAGUAAAGCUAAAGUUACAACGCAAGCUAAAUCUGUAACGUUUAAAAAUACAACUAAGAAUAAUGAUAACAAAAGUGACUCAGAGCUAUCACAGACUGACACCGAAGAUUCAUUAAAAACUAUAUUGACAGCAAGCGAAGCAACAACGAAGAAAGCGGAUGACUCCUCAGAAACAUCAUCUUUAAGAACAGAGGAUGACAGAAAAGAUGAACCGUUAAGAUCUGCGGUCCAAUCUCCAUCUUUCAACGAUUCAUACAUGAAUUUCGUUGGCCAAAAUUUCAGAUCAAGUCUAGAAGCCAGUACGCCUAAAGUAAGACCUAAUAUUAGGAAAAAAGAAAUUAUGAAGACUAAAAUUGGACAGUUUAAAGCUAAGAGUCUGUCUCCUAAACAACCCAUUUCACCGAAGUCGCCUAAGGAAGUUAAAAGUAAAGAAGUUAUUAAAGAAAGUGUCUCUACAAAAAAAUGGUCCACUAAAGAUUUGAAAUAUGAAGUUAAGCAACAGGAAAAUGACUAUAAUAUUCUAAUAUUGAAGAUUUAAUUGGAAUUUAUACUGCACACUUUAUACUAGCAGUAUAUGGCAAUAGGCUCAUCUCCUAUUACAUGGGACUUAUAACACAAAUGGUGAAAAGUGUAUGUACAUUGUAUAGUGGUAUUACGUGCCGUAAUGUGCACCUUUGUCUACCCCUUUGGGGAUAAAAGGCGUGACGUUGUUUUCUUUUAUUAUUGGAAUUUAAUGACUAAACGGAUUUGUUGCUGUCGUGGUCCUACCUUCCAAUAGCUAUGUGUGUUACAUCAUUGGAUAGGUAAUUUUGAGCUGAAUAAAAGUUACUAUGGCGCCAAGUUCCUAAUCUUAGUCCGUUCAGAGUUAUUCUUUAUUAAACAUAGUAGUUUUAUCAGUAGCCAAGUAAUGCUAUUUUUACGUCAUAAUUGCAUUCGUAUCCUAUCUAAUGAUCGGGUCUGCGGACGGCGAGCAAGGGUAGCUCGCCGCCCGACCAGAACUAGACCCGUGCGUGCGGCGCGUCGCGUUCCGCGCGCGCCUCAAAGAGCCAUCAGACCACCACAGAUGGGGCCCAUUAGGGCUGAUCCCGAGCUGCGGGCUACCUAGCGGGUUUACCGGGGCUCCGACUUGCCAAGCAGUAGUAGGAACGGGGUGGUUUUUAGUCAGUAAGAGUCUGACACUCCCUCUCGCCUCGCCCAAUGCGGUAGAAGUAAUUGGAUGAUUUAACGCCUUAAAAAAAAUCCUAUCUAAUGAUGUAACACACAUAGCUAUUGGAAGGUGGGACCAUAAUUUGCAUCCUCCUUUAGUGUCGUGGGCUUAUUAUGUACUAUCACUGGGGGACUGUCGCCCGAAUACUGAAACGCUACUCAAUUUUAAGUUGUACUUAAAUAUUGUGCUAUCUCUGUCAUUUUAUAAAGAACUAGCUACUUCCGUGCGGUUUCACCCGCUCUUCUUCUAUUGGUCAUAGCGUGAUGUUUUAUAGCCUAUACCCUUCCUCGAUAAAUGCACUAUUCUACACAAAAAUAAUUAUUCAAAUCGGACCAGUAGUUCUGGAGAUUAGCGCGUUCAAACAAACAAACAAACUCUUCAGCUUUAUAAUAUUAUAGUAUAGAUAAUAUUAGUACAGAUUGAUAGUGACAAAACUACAUUUGAGAGUGUCUUAAAAUUGAGUAGCGUUUGAGUAUUCGGAUAUGUGUGAGGCAGUGGACCCAGUGUGACUGAUAUAAUGAAAUUGAUUUGUCAAAAUUAUAUCCUAAGUCAAUAGGGAUUCAAAAAGCAUGGCUAUGGUAUAGAUUUUCUUCAGUUUUGAUAUAAAUUAAGUUUGGUGAUACAAGUCUUCCGUUAUAGUUAUUUAAUGAUUAAAAAUUAUUAUAAAUUGUGAAAAUAUCGCACACCUAGUAAUAUAUUGGCACAUUUACGGUUUUCAUAGUUUACCUGACUUGUUUAGUUUUUAGUUUACUGACCAAUGAACCGUUGUUUUACGUGCGUGAGGGGGAAACUACAAUAAUGGUAUAAUGACACUUACGACCUCUCUCGAUGAAUAUGGAAAUAAAUAUUAAGUCAAUUUCGCAUUUUUUGCAGAUGUGCCAAUAUAUUACUAGGUGAGCGAUAUGACUCAUGAACAUUCGUUUAUUCAUUUUAGAAACCAUACAUUACCACCGUGAAAUAAAUUACUGUAAAGAUUAUUUUCUAAGCAAAAAGACUGUAUUUCAAUAGCAUUUGAUACCGUCUUUAGAAACUGUCAAUUAUUGAAAUAAUAUAGUCAGUCGUUUGAACUUUAAAGUACAAAAUACGACUUUAUAUUCAUGUAAUAAAGCCAUUAACUAAGUAUUUUUGCCUUUGAAAUUGCUGUUUUUCAAACACAAUUGUUGCUGUGGAUGCGUUUGACUUCCACCAAUCAUAUUCAUUGGUACACAUAGCUUAGCAUUGGUGGAAACGGACUCAACUAAACUAUGUUUUUUAUAUGAAAAGAUGCGUGCUAUGGAUGGUUUCCCUACUAUCGAUACAUCGCAUACUCGAGCUGCGCAUCUUUCUCACACAGCUACAUAGCUUAGUAUCAGUGGAAACGGCCACAUAGUUUCACAGCUUAGCUAUUACAUCCUCGCAGCAUAGCUACAUAGCACAUCUUUGGCGGAAAAGCACCCUUUGUAGGGUAUACGACACCUGCAGGAAGAGUAGGGGUAGUGUUCUUUACUGUCAUCACACAUUCGCCAUUUCUUAGGUAAAAAAACUUAUUUAAAUUCCCAAUCAUGACAUACAAAUGUAUUUUAUUUUUGUUUUUGUUGUCAAGCAAUUUUGACUCUUAUUUGUUAAACGUUAAGGAUGACAUUUGUAUUAUGAAUUUAUUUGUGUGUAUGUUUCUUUUUUGGUUUAUUAGUUAUUGUGUAGAAGUCCCUAUUGCAUGGAAUUCUUAACAUAACUGGUGAAAAGUUGGUGUUACAUUGUAUUGUAUAUAGGGUGACCGGUAAUUAGUGAACGAUAUUUAAACACGUGAUUGUACUCAUGAUUACAAACAACUUUCCCGAAGAAACUUUUUUUGUAUACUAAUUAGUUUUAUUUUUAUCACAAUAACAAUACCAAAUUUUUUUCUUCUUGCUUUCGCAUGAUCAGCUGUUAGCAGCGAGGCGCCCGCGUUAUCGGAAGACUAGUAACUAGGUAGGUAUUUUGGAACUUUACUUUAUUAUUGUGAUAAAAAUAAAAC